GUUGUUGCCAGGGACAUGCGCACUGUUGCUACCAAAGGAAGCGUAUUGAAGCACUUCCGGGUUACUUCCGCAUUGUACAGGACGGGAGAUUUUUCCUUGCACGUGUAGUAUUUAAGAGGCUGUGGUCCAAGAGAGAGAGAGAUGAAGGAAAUGAUGGAUGUAGGAGUUCCAGAAAAGGACAAAAAGAAAAAGAAGAUGAAAAAGGUAAAGAAAGAGCUAAGAGAGGAAGAGAUGGAGGAGGAUAAUGCUGAGGAACGUCUGGAAGCAAGGGAGGAAGGAGCGAUGUCACAAAAAGACUUAAAGAGAAAAAAAGCCAAAAAAGAAGUUUGCGAAGAAAGCGAAAGAACAGACGUCUGUGAAGAAAAAGAGUCAAAAAAGAAGAAAUCCGAGAGGAAGUCUGAAGAGAGCAGCUCGAGUAGCAUCGACGAAGAAACGUCACAGAAGUCAGCAAAGAGGAAAAGAAGGAAGGAAAAGAGCGAAGGUAGAGAAGAAGAAGAUGGAGACGAGACUGCAGAACUGGAGCUGAACAGAGAGAUGGAGAAAAAGAAGAAGAAAAAGAAAGCAGGAGGAGGUGAAGCUCAGGCAGGAGAAGAGCAGGAGAAAGAAACUGAGCAGGAGGAAAAGAAGAAGAAGAAGAAGAAAAAGAAGGAGAGUGGAGUGAGUGAUGAACAAGAGACAGCUGAAGGAGAAGGCAGCAAGAAACAGAUGAUGAUGAUGACGGAGGAGAACACUGGACCUGGAGAAGAGCAGGAGAAGGAAGGAGGAGAGAAGAAGAAGAAGAAGAAGAAGAAAGAGGAGGAAAAAAGCACAAACAGACUCGUAGAGGAAGAACCACAGAGGAAACAGAUGAAGAACGUGGGAGACGCUGAAGAUGACGGAAAUCCACCUGGGCAGAAGAAAAAGCAGAAAAAGCGAAAGGAAAAAGGAGACGAAGAAACGGAGGAUGAACAGGCGGUGGAGAGGAAAGUGACGGAGGAGGAAAGAGAGACGGAGGAGGACGGAGCAAAGGCUAAUGAAGCGCAGAGUUUAGCUUUGCAAAAGGACCUCGAUAAAGAAUCGCAAAGCAAAGCGAAUUUCGGUCAGUGGGACACGGCGCAGUUUGACAGCUCGGAGCGACAGCUGAAGUUCCUUCGACUGAUGGGCGGGUUAAAGAAGGGCAGCCAGCCGGUCGGACAGAGCGCCAGCCGCUUCAACAUGGCUCUGGGAAAGGAGGGCCAGCAGACUCUACAGCAAGGCCUUCUGGGAGAGUUUGAGCGAGCACAGAACCGGCGAAUGGACUUUCAGAACAGAGGGGCGGGGCUUGGGUUCUCAGCGCCGCCCGAUAAGAAGUUUCAUAUUGAUGCAAACGCUCGGAGUCAGAACUCGACACGGUUUGAUGACUGAUGUGGUAAAGGAUCUGAGCGUGGAAUGAACCACCACAUCCAGUGUAGUGUGUGUGUGUGUGUGUGUGUGUGUGUGUGUGUGUGUGUGUGUGUGUGUGUGUGUGUGUCUCGUCGCCGCCGCCCUGCUGGAGAACGACUGAACUGCAACAACUCUGAGAAACAAAUCCGCGGUGUUUUCUUUUUCACAGGCUUUAACACCAUCACAGUUCCUCUGAGUAACUUUCUAACCUGUGGACACAAACGAUAAACGCACGCAGCCUAAACGUGUACAGAGUCUCGUGUGGAAUUUUACGCAGGAAAUGAUGUCAGUGUCUCUUUCUUAUUUCUUUAACUGUAGCUAAUUCAGCCUUCAUGUUGUUCAACUUAAAAAGAAUGACUUCAUCAGAGUACUCAUUUUUCUUUCACUUUAUUUGGACUGCUGUAAAUACAUGACCUCUCCAUGUACAGAAAUGAAACCAUUUAGAAAAAGAACAAGCAGGAUGACUUAAGCAUAAAAUGAUGGCUGGAAAAAAAAAAUUAAAAAGACAAAUGAAAUCA